AUGAUUGAAAGACAAAACCAAUUAAUCACUGAAAUGAUGACCGAUCAAACAAUUUUAAGAGAAAACCUUUCGAAAUUACAAGCAACAACAGAAAAUCAAAACAAGAUUAUAAUGGAAAUGAUGGCCGAUCAGAAAGUUCAGUUGCAAGCAUUUAAUAAAACUCGACAAAACGUAACUGCCAUAACAACAGCGUUUCCGCUUAAAACAGAAGAAGAUCUUCAAAAGAUGGAAGCUGAAAUUAAUGAGGAAAAAUAUGUAUCUGCCGUAAAAUAUUUACUUGAUGGAAGUGCGUCUAAAAACUUAGAACGCAUAUUUUCACGAGAAGUGUGCAUGACUUAUAACGGGAAAAAAAGUCUUAGGAGCAAGUAUCUGCCGUAA